UUUUGCAAUAUAUAUAUACACUUUCUCAAUAACUUUCAAAGUCAAAUCCAUUUAUUCUUCUCCUCAACUAAUAUUCUCCUCAUUCACAAAAAUGCCGAAAGAUAGAACUAUUGGUGUAGCUUUGGAUUUCUCCAAAAGCAGCAAGAAUGCUCUCAAAUGGGCUCUUGAAAAUUUAGCUGAUAACGGUGACAACAUUUACAUCAUCCACAUCAGCCAAGAUUCCGUUGAUGAAUCUCGCAAUCAGCUAUGGUCCAAAUCUGGUUCUCCUUUGAUUCCUUUGAAAGAGUUCAGAGAACCUGAGAUCAUGAACAAGUAUGGUGUUCAGAUUGAUAUUGAGGUUCUUGAUUUGCUUGACACUUUUUCAAGACAAAAAGAGGUGAAUGUUGUUACAAAAGUGUAUUGGGGUGAUGCAAGAGAGAAACUUUUGGAUGCUGUUGAAGAUCUGAAGCUGGAUUCUCUUGUUAUGGGAAGCAGGGGUCUCAGCACAAUUCAAAGGAUCUUAUUGGGAAGUGUAAGCAACUUUGUGAUGGCUAAUGCUCCUUGCCCUGUGACUAUUGUCAAGGACAAUAUCAGCACCAGCAGCAAGUAAAGACGAUGAUCAAUUUGCGAUGGCAUUUAAGUAUGGAAUAUUCUGUUUCUUGCAUUGAACUUGAACUCUUGUUGAUAAUCUUCUGUUUCCUUAUUUCGGAUUUAUAUUAUGUUAUGACUAUAUCUAUCUGGUUUACUUUAUUGAAAGAAUAAUAAUGUAGUUUUAGUUUUAUCAUCA